AUGAUAUUGCCUAAUCGUGCACAUUGAUAUCUUUGAACCACUCUUCACUUUGUUUUUUCUCUGUUUGAUUCUUUUGUUGUUGUUGUUUUCUCAAAGGGGACCUUCUCCGUUCCUUAAAGGUCUUGAAGGCAACAAGAAUAGAUCACAGAUACAUCCACAGACACACACACACACACGCGCGCGCGCACAAGACUCUCUCAGACGAUCAACAACAGAUACAUUCUGAACACGCUCUCAAGAAGAAAAUGCCAAAGACAUCAUCAUCUGGGGAAAAAGCGAGGCUCCGAGCAGGCCCCGCCUCUGAUCCUCCUCCUACAUCUCUGACACCGACGACAAACAACCACGUCGGCGCCGACCAUGACGGUUCCAACUCCCAGCAUCUUCUUCAUCCUCAACAACAACAACAACACCCAAAUGACCUCCCUCCGUCUUACGACGUAAUAAACCCUCCCCUCCCGUCAAUACCCACCACCACCACCAUAUCAUCCUCAUCCUUACCGAUCCUCAGCCAAAAUCCGCUGGACGCCAUAUCUCGCCUGACUUCGAUCGACCUACCCAAGUACUGCGGCGUGUCCCAGGCCAAACUCUCGGCUUCGCACGACGCCCUCACGACGACCAAGCCUGAACUCUCCACCACCCAGUACGCCCUCAUGAGGUUCCUGAACGAGCAGGCCUCCCUACCGCCAAAACCCCUCAUGCUGAUCCAAGGAUCACACACCACGUCGAAUGGUACGACACAGGUCGAUUUUGACAUCACCUUGAAUCUCACGAGUCUUCUCGACCUUGAUGUACCGAGUACGAACGGUACGGCCCCGUCCAGCACUACCGCCACCACCACCACCGCUGCUACCACCCGAUUACAAGUCGACCCGUUUGAAUCGUCGAGUCCAACGACAAGUUCUUCCUCUACUUCCCACUUUAAGCGAUCUUCGCGAGGAAACAAUCAAUCAAUGACACCUCUUGAGCAGUGGGUGAAGAAAUUCAUCGACGAAAAGACUGAGAAUAAGAGUUUCUCACUACGCAGACAAAUCGUCAAUUUCCCCACCACCAUCCUCGAAGGCAUGGUCCGUACCCUCUUGGCCGCCACAAAGUACCGGGGCAAAGUUACGGUCGAGUUCCCCGUACAAUUUUCCGAGGUCGUCGUCCAACGCCAGUCGGGGAACUGGUUCACCAACAUCCUCCGCCUUUAUCCGACCAAAAAGUAUGAUGUCGCCCAGACGGUGUGGGACGUUUCGAGUAGUGGUAUCUCGAGGGACGAUGUCACGGCGACGAUGGCGUCGUCAUCAUCAUCAUCAUCUUCGACGCAACAACAACAACAACAACGACAAGGUCGAGCCGCUUUGGUGGCACAAGAGUGGUGGCGUGAAUGGCAGUACGCCAUAUGGAACGCGGUGCUCAAACGUCGGACCGGAUGGGUCACGGUCGAGGACUGGAUCGAGGCCAAAAUGGGGGUCAAGAUGCCCCAACCCAACAGGGAGUGGGGUGUCGAAGCGACCGGAUGGUGAAAAAAAAAUCCCCGGAAAAAAUGAACCCAGUCCUGUUCCACCACGACGACGACGACGACGACUUCAUUGUCACAUCACCUCGUAUACGGACCUAGUUAUGUAUUAGUGUGAUAUCCUCAAAACUCCUUCUCGCCAUUAUGGAGGGAGUUGGGACUCGUGUUCAGGUAUUGCGUAGAUUAUUUUUUGCAAGGGAGCUAGCUAGCUAUAUAAUUCUAC